ACCGCCAGCUUUUUUUUCACUCUCAUCUUGCAAUUUCUUUGCGAUUGAGUUGAGCUUGAAAGUUGAACGUAACCAUAGCCUUAGUAGGCAAUAUUUUUGUUUAGUUCAGACAAGAUGGAGAUGCCAAUACUACCUGUGCAUAGCCACCAUUGCGAUGAAGGAGGACAAGAGCUUGGCUUUGUGGUUCCUGAAUCGAAUGCAUUUGACAAAGAUUUCAGGUCUUAUUAUACAGAAGGUGAACGGAAGUCAGUUGUUGAAGAGACUUACCGUAAAAAUCAUGCCUAUCAGACAUUUGAAUCGGUGCAGAGAAUGAGAGAAAAGCAUCUGUGCUUCAAUAAAGGAGAGAUGGGUAUCUGGGAAUGCGCAGAGUUAUUGAAUGACAUCGUGGAUGAGAGUGACCCCGAUCUGGAUGUGCCUCAGAUCGAGCACCUCCUGCAAACUGCAGAAGCCAUUAGAAAAGAUUAUCCUGACCAAGACUGGUUUCAUCUCACUGCCUUUAUUCAUGACUUGGGCAAGGUUUUGCUUCAUCCCAAAUUUGGCCAGUCACCUCAAUGGGCUGUGGUCGGCGAUACAUUUCCAGUCGGAUGUCCAUUCGAUAAAUCUAUUGUACAUCACCAGAUGUUCCUCAACAAUCCGGACACUUGGGAUCCCAAAUACAAUACUGGCACAGGAAUCUAUCAAGAGGGAUGCGGAUUUGAAAAGCUUUUUAUGUCAUGGGGACAUGACGAGUACAUGUAUCAGGUGAUGAAAGAAAACAAAUCGACACUACCUCCACAGGCCUAUUUCAUAAUACAUUACCAUUCAUUCUAUGUGAUGCAUCAAGAAGGUGCCUACAUGCACUUCAUGAAUGAUUUGGACCGCCAAAUGCUUCCAUGGUUGCAGGAGUUCAACAAAUAUGAUCUUUACAGCAAAAGUACAGUUCGUACUGAUGUGGAGAAAUUAAAACCGUAUUAUCAAUCUCUCAUUCACAAGUACUUUCCAGAGAAGUUGAGGUGGUAAUCAGCAGAACGUUGAUAUAUAAAAAAGUUGGUGCACCUCCAUUUUCAAAAUCACUCCAGUGCUUCUCACUAAAAAGUUGUUUAAGCUUCUCCAAUAAUUAUUGCUACCUGUAUUUUAAUCCUCUCUUUGUAGCCAGCAGACCCAUAAGACAACAUUUUAUGUCAUGAUUUUAAAAUAUUAUUCAUUCAAUAAAUAUUGAUUUUCAUUUUUCAAAAC